UCGCAAGUAAACCCGAACGCGCCCUUCCCCCACCCCUUUCCGGCUUGCAUCUGACGCAGGCGCGUAGAGUGCUCCAAUAUGGCGGCCCCCGUGGACCUGGAGCUGAAGAAGGCCUUCACAGAGCUUCAAGCCAAAGUUAUUGAUACUCAACAGAAGGUGAAGCUUGCAGACAUACAGAUUGAACAGCUAAACAGAACGAAAAAGCACGCACACCUUACAGACACAGAGAUCAUGACGCUGGUAGAUGAGACUAACAUGUAUGAAGGCGUAGGAAGAAUGUUUAUUUUACAAUCCAAGGAAGUAAUUCACAACCAGCUGUUAGAAAAACAGAAAACAGCAGAAGAAAAAAUUAAAGAGCUGGAGCAGAAAAAGUCGUACCUGGAGCGGAGUGUUAAGGAAGCGGAGGACAACAUCCGAGAGAUGCUGAUGGCGCGGAGGGCGCAGUAGGAGCUGCUGGCAGUCUCCCUCCGACCGGCCUCUCCCAUCCUGUCAGGCGGGGGCUCUGCAGGCUCCUGUCUCCCUCGGCCCCACACUCUCUCCAACACCUCGAGCCCCCUUCGGGCCCCACCUGAACGUCUGCCACCCCUGCCCAGGACACUGUUCUCCGGGGGCAAGCCAGGAGCUCUCCACGGAGGGAAGACUGGAGGGCCGACGGAGAAGGCUGCCCAAGCCUGCCACGAGGCAUGUGGGUUAGACCAAUAAAGGCUACGUCUUGCUCUGUGA